GAAAGCUUUACUUCAUAACUUAGUACAUUGGGACUAGAGUUUGUUAUGAAGGAGAGCAACUUUAUGGUCUAAAUAAUCUUUGCCUAUAAGCGACUGAGGAGAAGAGUAUCGCUCCUGUACUCCACCAGCAGAACGGCAGUCUUCGGAAAUUUCAGAAAUCAUGGAGGAAUGUCAGAAUGGAAUGUCAGUGGAUUUGUUCCUGCAUUGCUCUCUUGUUCCUGCUGUCUGCAUUGUGUUUCUGCUCUCAUUUGUACAGCGUAGAGUGAGGGCUCAGCCCUUUGAGGAUCGCUUCCCAUAUCUCAGGGGUCGAUUUGGCAUUGUGGUGCCGUUGGAUUUCAUUUGCAGUCUAAGUAACCGAUGGUCUUAUGGUUUUGCAUUUGGUGCUAUUGCUCCCAGUGUGAUUCAGCUUUUCUCUGAGUCCUACGCACCAUUUACUGUGCCUAAUUGGUUGACCCUAGCAGACUACAGCUUGAGUGACUACACUUUUGACAAGCUAGAUGCUUUGAUAGACUCACUUGCAGAGAUUGCAUUGUCCUGUAAUGAAACAAGCAAUAUGUUCACAUCACUCAUUCCAAGGAUGAACGAGUUCAGCUUUGUUGCAAGAAGGUCUUGGUUGGCGACGACUAUUUUUUCCACUCUAACAUCUGUUACUUACACUUUUCACGUGCUAGUAUGUUACAGGAAACAUUUAAAGAGGUUGUGGAGGGGACAGAAAACGUUUCUUCCAGAGAAGUUCCAUAAACCAAGCGCCGCCGUUAGCGUGGCUGCUAUAACAAGAUAUUCAGGCUGGCAGAUUGCCUUCACUAUGUGGGGGUUUCUGAUAGUUCACUUUGUGCAGUUUCUUUUUGCCUUGCUGUUUGUGUAUGGAGUCGUUCUACCAAUCCAGAAGGGACACUUUCUCAGCUGGCUUUCUAGUGUAGGCAUCAUUCUGCUGACAAUACUCUUAGUGAUAGCCUUGGUGGUAGUGCAGAUUAUUCUGGUCCAAGUGUUUUUCCUGCAGGACAAACUCUCACCUGAUGACAAAGAAAAGCCCCUUGCACUCAACAACAGGAAAGCAUUCCACUGCUUUAACUACUUUUUCUUCUUCUAUAAUGUGGUUAUGGGGUUGAGCAACAGCAUUUUGCGCCUUUUAAGCAGCUGCAUUGUGGGUACAUGGCUGGUGUCACGCAUUGACCGGACCAUCAUGCAGCGGGGCUACGAGUCCAUGGAUCCAGGAUAUAGUACAUGGAUUGGGAUGAUAUUUGCUGAUCAUUAUCAUAGCAACCCAGUUAUGGUGUCUUUCUGCCAUCUACUGCUUGGCAGAACAUUGGAGAAACGAGGACCUGCAGUGUCCUCCUAUGCAACUUUUAGCAAUAACACAAGGUGUUCAGUAGGGGGCAGAGUACGUGUGCGCUGGCUCCUGCUGUACACACUGCUGAGGAACCCUGCACUCAUCCUGCUGAGAAAGAGAAAAAAAACGAACCAGAACGACAACCAAGACCCACUCCUCUUAGCCCGAGCCAUCCCCUCACAGGCUCAACAAGCAGCUGAACUGGUCAACAACAAAACUCCAGAAACAGAACCAACACAGUCAGACAUCUGAAACCGGUUCCUCAGUGUGCACACAGACUCCAUGAUUCAAAAUUGGAGUUUUGUGUCUGUGACUAUUGCACUACUGAUGAAAUUAACUUUAAGGGGAUAUAGACUUUGAAAAGUUUUGUCUUUCCUUUUUGAUACAAAGGGCAAGAAUGAGAAUCUACCGUCCUAUAAUACAUAACUGCACUCAUCAAAGCCAUUACAUGGGGUCUCGAAGACUGGAUUUUAUCAGAGAACUGGACUGAGAAAAUUAUACAUUCGAGGUCUAAUGCUUUUUGUGAGCUUCUGAAACAAAUUAGAAUGAUUACGUGUUUGUUGGUUAAAUUGUAUUUUGUAAUAAAGAAUGUAAAAGCUUAG